AUGUUCAAAUUGCGUGACAUAAUUUACUUUGUGGUGCUCACGGGACUGCAUGUGUGUGCCGUCAUACAGCCGACUGUGGAGGCGCACGCUCGGCUCAAUUGGAGCAGCGUGUAUGUGGAUCGGAGCCUGCGACUGAAUGUGGGCUACCAGUACCGUCCCUUGAUGCUGGCCCGUGCCAUGAUGUACUCGCUGCUGACGUUGUUUGGUGUGUGGUACGGGCGCCAUCGCGAUGCAGUGCGUCGCGCAGAGCGUCGCCAGGAGCUGCUCGAGGAGCGAGCGCGUAGAAAGAGCCUUCUGGGUCGAAGUUCCAGCCAUUGGAUCACCGCGCAGCAGGUGAUGAACGAUUGGGUGCGCCGUCGCAAGGAGGCUUCCAUCACGGACCUGCAAGCGGACGAGGCGGCACUCGACACGGAGCUGGAGCAGUCGGAGGGCUCGUUCUUUCCCUGGAAGAAAUUUCUGCUCUUUGCCCUGCCCUGGACCCUCACCUUUGUCGUCACGGGAAUGCUCAACUACGGGCGACUCUAUCUGGUCAUUCAGCACUUUUGCCUCACCCACUGGCAGUCGGUGUCGCUGUAUCUGCACAUUCAGUUGCUCUUUCUGCGGCGCUUGAUUGAGGCAUCGCUGGCCACCUACUGGCGGCAGUUCCACGGCGCCGUCGAGGAUCCCAGCCUCAAGCAGAGCAAUUUCAUCAGCUUCGAGACGCAUUUGCUAGCCACGGAAUGA